AUGUUCCUCUUUGCUUCACGGCAUGGCAGAUCUCUACCCAUAAGACGCUUCAACCAGUUGCGAGCAUUCCACGUCAGCCCAAGCCUCUUCCAAGAAAAGCUCAAUGUUCUGUUUUGUGGUGCAGAUCGCUUCAGUGUCGCCCAUCUGCAAGCACUGCAUGAGGAAUCAACACUACCCGAAAGCUCAAUUGGCUCGGUACACGUCGUAACGCGCACCGACAAACGCCAUGGACGCGGCUCUAGUGCCAUCACCGCUCCUCCCGUGAAAGACGCCGCUCUCCAGCUGGGUCUCAAUGUUCACCAGCUCGACACAUUCACCGGCUGGUCGCCGCCUCCAACGGACUUGAUUGUAGCAGUCUCUUUCGGCCUGCUCAUCCCAUCUCGGAUCCUCCAGGCCAGCAAAUAUGGAGGGAUCAACGUCCACCCUUCGCUUCUCCCGGAUUUGCGAGGAGCAGCACCCGUUCACUGGGCCAUCAUGCUUGGCCGGAAGCACACUGGCGUGACGAUCCAGAGCCUGCACCCAACCAAGUUCGACCACGGCGUGAUCAUAGCACAAACGCCCGCCCCAGGCAUCCCCAUCAACGGCAGAUACGGAGGACUCACAGACACCCUUUCCGCCUUCGGCUGCGACAUGCUCCUCGACACCAUCCGAAAGGGCCUCUACAAACCGCCCUACCAGCCCAUCGCACCCCGCAAAUUCGACGAGCUCGCCAUGGCGCCCAAGAUCGCUUCCGAGCACAGGCAGAUCGACUUUGACUCCCUCACUGCGGAGGACAUCAUUCGCCGCAGCAAUGCUCUUGGCCGGCUUUACACUUUCGCGCAAGAUGCCACCGGGAGAAAGGUCCGCGUCGUCAUCAACGAGAACAUUGGUAUUUACGUACCCCAGGAUCCGCAAGUCAGGGAUAUCUGCAAGUGGCAGCCGGUCGGUCACCCGUACGCAAUUCAGGGCGCGGAUGGGCAUUUCUUGAGUCCUAUGAGUGCGACAAAUAACGCGUUGUUCAUCAACACAAUCGACGGCAAGACGUUGCAUGUCACAAGGAUGACUGUGGAGGGACUGGGCACGAUGGAUGCAAUCAUGGCGGCGAGGCGGAAGCAGUUGCUCGGACCGCUGAGGCAGCAGCAUGGAUUUCAGACGUUUCGAGUCAGCUGGUUUCAUGCGCCGUUGUCGGCAACCGGGCCGAUUGGGUCCGCGACAGGUGCUGGAGCGUCUGGAGAUGCGCCCGCGGAUACGUGA